AUGGCUGACGGGCCUGAGUUCCAGGACUACGCUCAGCUGGCGUUCUGGCUAGGCUGCGGCCCUCUGGCAAAGCUACUGGUCAUUCUGUGGGAGCGAGCUGCCCACUCGGAGCCUCUUGCAGAGCCGACAACUGCGAAUGCAGAGGUGAGGAGCGCAGCAAGGACCACAAGGGAGUACAUCCUCUAUUUUGAUGUUUGGCGAUCCAUCUGUGUUGCCCUGGUAGUGAUCACCCACUCCAAUGAAGCCUACGCAGAGUGGAACGUUUUUGGCGUCCAGCUGUGGGUCUUGCCGUACCUUGAGCUCAUCUCUGGCACAUUGUGUGCUGUCAGCAAGAGAAGCGUGCUCGACUAUGCAGCAAAGCUCCUGCUGUACACCUCCUUGGGCUGUCUGCUGAACCUGUUAGGAUGCUUGGCUCGCGGCAAUCCGCGCUGGUGGGACGACACUGUCAUGAAUGUCGGCUUCCAACUUGGCUUCACCUUCCAGCUCGCCAUCUUUGGCCUUUUGAUGACGCCCCUGCGCUGGCAACUCUCCGAAGCUGAGAAGGCAAGCAGCCGGGCGCGGUGGAACAUUAUCAUCUUCGGGGCUCUUGCACUUUGCCUUCUCCUGGCAAUCCUGACGGAAGCAGUGCUCAACAAGUCCGAAGAGGGCUUGAAGGAGGCAACAGAUUACGUGGUGAUCCCGGCGACGGAGUGUCUCCUACAUGUCCUGAUGCUCUGCGUGCUUGCAGAGUAUCUGCCGUUGAGGUGGAAGGGCUUCCUGGGCCACGCGUCAUGGCUCUUCCUCUACAGCACCCGGCUUCUGCGCCGGCAGCCCCGACCCGUGGGUCCCGAGCUGCACCUCGGGGAGCUCUUCUUCUGGGCCUUCACCGCCAAGUUGGUGCCCAUGGCCGGGCAGGAGGCGAUCGGGCGCUUGAUGACGAAGCUCUGGCCCUUCUUGCUGGUGGCUUGUGGCCUGCUGCUGAGGCCGGGCAUUUUCGGCCGAAAAGACCAGUUCCCUUGGGACUCCUGGGACGACCGGGCGCGCAUGUACUUAGGUGAGUUCAUUGCUUGCAUGGCUUUCCUCACCAUCCCCGUUGCCAACCUCCCCGAGAAGCUCGCCUUCCCCCAAAGCUGGCGAAGGCACAUGGUUUGGCUAAACUGGUGGUCGCUGCUCGCAUUCAUGAGCCACAAGGCCUUCUACUACCUGGUGGACGGUAUCUGGCCGUGGUAUUGCAUGGUACUCACCGUCUAUGCUGCUGCCUUUCUCUGCUUCUUGGUGUGGCGGCCGCGAGAUGUUGAGAAAACCCCCGAGCCCGCCGAGGAAAGAGCUUCAUGGACGGGCUCCCCGCGUGCAGUCGAAUUAGUGCAGGCUUCAGCCUCCUUUUUAUCUGCCAGCUAG